CCGCCGCCGCCGCUCCGGGCGGAAGCGAGCCGAGCGGCGGCUGUUGCCGCGGCCGCUGCCGUGCGUCCAGGAGCGGGCAUGGCGGACGGAGCUCGCUCGCUGCUCGGCGGCAGCCCGGCUUCUAGCCCGGUGCUGGGCGGGCGGGGCCGCGUCUCGUCUUCAUCGUCGUCCUCUUCGCCGUCCGCCAUCCCGCCGGGUCACAGCUUCCGCAGGGUGACCCUCACCAAGCCCACCUUCUGCCACUACUGCACCGAUUUCAUCUGGGGGCUGGCCGGGUACCAAUGCGAAGUUUGCAACUUCAUGUCCCAUGAGAAGUGCCUCAAGAAUGUCAACAUACCUUGUUCAUGUAUCGCUCCCAGCCUUGUAAGGAUUCCAGUUGCACAUUGCUUUGGGCCUCCAGGACAUUACAAAAGAAAGUUCUGCACAGUGUGCAGGAAGUCUGUGGAGUCACCUGCCUUUCGAUGCGAAGUCUGUGAGCUGCAUGUCCACACAGAUUGCAUCCCGUUUGCUUGUAGUGACUGCCGGCAGUGCCACCAGGAUGGGCACCAGGACCACGACACUUACCAUCACCACUGGAGGGAGGGAAACCUUCCUUCAGGAGCUCGUUGUGAAGUUUGCAAAAAAACCUGUGGCUCUUCUGAGGUCCUGUCUGGCAUGAGAUGUGAAUGGUGUGGCAUCCUGGCUCAUGCUGCUUGCUACGUAGCUGUCACACCAGAAUGUACCUUUGGAAGACUGAGGAGCAUGAUUCUCCCUCCCAGCUGCGUGCAGUUAUUUUCUCGCAACUUCAGCAAACUGCACUGCUUUCGAAUAUCAGAAAACCUGCACACAGAAUCAGAUGAAGGUGAUGAUGUUGAUGGGUCAACACAGGGGCCAGCCAAAGACAUCCAAAUUUCAACAGAUUCAAGUAAGUAGAGUUACAGUAAGUGGUAAAUAUUCACC